CUCUGGGGAGGCGGAAGCGGGGCUGGCGGACACUUCAGGGAAGAACGUGGCCUUGACCCUUCUUCUGCCUCAGCUUCCACCAAACGGGAUGGAGGGCUGGCCUUGAAGUCAGGAAGACCUGGGUUGAAGUCCUACAUCUGACAUAUAAGCUGUAAGACCAUGGGCUUUCAGGAGUGUUCUAGCCUCUGCCCUAUUGGACCAUGGCUCGUGCUUUUGUCACGUCCCCCUUGUUGAGAGGCUCUGCUGGAAUGUUCUGCCCUCAGGCUGCAUUGUCACCACCGAGGCCCAAAGGCUUGCGUCACUUCACCGGUAGCUGCAUAAUGAAAUCCCAGAAGAAGAGUGAUCACUUGGAGAAGACAGAAGAAAUCUUUCGAGAAAAGGUUGUGACUUCUGCUAAAGUAUGUGGGAUUACUGAUGAAUCACCGACUGUCCGCAGGCUCCGUUUCCUGAUCGCCGAAAAAAGUUUUACUUUCAAAGCUGGCCAGUGGGUUGAUUUCUUUAUUCCUGAUGUUCCCGUGGUUGGUGGAUUCUCAAUUUGUUCAAGCCCGAGCCUGUUAAAACAAGAAAAUGCUUUGGAAUUAGCAGUGAAAUAUACCAACCAUCCUCCCUCUCUCUGGGUCCAUACCAAGGCAUUGGAGUUAAAUGACUUGCCCAGGGUCACGCAGCUAUGUGCUCUUGGCUCUGAAGUGGCCCUUCGAGUUGGUGGAAAGUUCUUCUUUGACCCUCAGCCUUCAGAUUCUCCUGUGAACCUGGUGCUGAUAGCUGGUGGAGUGGGGAUCAACCCUCUCAAUUCCAUCCUGCUGCAUGUAGCUGAUCUUUACAGACAUCGGGAGAACAAAGGAAGUGGUUAUGAGAUGGGAAGAGUGAGACUGUUAUACAGUGCAAGAAAUACCAGCGAAUUGUUAUUUAAGAGGAGCAUUCUCAAUUUAACAAAUGCAUUUCCUGGGAAAAUUACGUGUAGUUUCUAUGUUACACAACAGACUACAGAAAUCAGUGAAGAGCUUCUGCCAUAUGUUACUGAGGGAAGGAUCCCAGACAAGGAUAUCGAGAAACACAUCUCUGAGGACACUUUGUAUUUUCUCUGUGGCCCGCCACCAAUGAUAGAACACUUCUCUCGCCAUUUAGAAGCCUGCAAGGUCCCUAAAGAGCACAUUUGUUUUGAAAAGUGGUGGUAGCGGCAGAGAUGAAGGAGAGAGUCAGGUGUCAGCUCACGGCAGUGACCGGGACUGGUUCUGUGCCAUGUGCCUGCUGAGGCCCCAGGCCUCCCCCCCGGGGCCGCCCCAACACUGUCCACUGAGGCAACUUCCCAGUGAAAGGAGAUGAGAAUGAAGAAGUGUGUGUAUAUGGUGAAAAGCACUGAGAAGACCAAAUCUGAGCAAAGGUAUCAUUGAUGACAAUAUGUGGAGGAUAGUUACCUGAGUGUCUUCCAUUGAUAAUUCCUCGGUGAUCCUAUAAUGCUCCCCAUAUUGGGCCGUUAUUGAUUUUUUGCCUUUUUUCUGGCGAGAGUGGGGGUGGGAGUGGCAAGAAUGAUAUAGAUUUACCCCUAAAUAUCUGAAACCCUUGGAUUUGUGUGUGAAAUAUUGGCUAUGUAUAACUUCUCUUUUACAGAAAACUUGUGUAAUUUAUGUUCAAUAAACCUAUUUUAAUCAGGCA